GCUGAUGCAGAGCUUCAUCGGAUGGAAAUAACUGCAGGGGAGCCGAAAAACGAUAAUAUAAACAAUUUUAUCAAGACUUUGUUGGAAGUCACACAACAACUGACAGCAGAGUUUGCUUUGGGAAACAGGGAUACCGUCAAUCACAUUAUCAAGUGUAGUACUGGCAUCCUCCUCCUCGCAAUUAAAAAAUGUGACAUCGAGUCGAACCCAAACCCCACGGCUUUGUUUGAGGAAGUCUUCGAGAUCAUUCGUACUAUCACUUUACUUUUGGGUGAGGAAAAAGACAUUAUCCUCAAGCACCCAACAGGCACCCUCUAUCAGAACAGUAACCCACCUAUUGACCUCGGUAAUGCAGUGAUAGGUUCAGAGGCUGAAGGCGAGUUUGUCAGAUUCCCUCCAUUUUCAGCACUGGAGACUCAGCUCGACGGGUUCAGCUCCAUCACCACUCAGUUGACAACAUUCUCAAAUAAUCCUCAUCCGUCAGAUGACAACAUCACAGGAUCUGUCUUCAACAUUUUAAUUAAUGAUGGAACCUCAGACAUAACACUGGCAAACCUCACAGAGAAAAUCGAGAUAUUUUUGCCUCGUCCUAAUGCUGGACCACAGACGAAUAUCACUGUUGAGUUAGAGAAAAACAGCAAAGCGCUGACUUCAUUCAACAUCACAGACCCGUAUGUGACUGUCUUCCUUACUGUGGAGCCGAAUGCUAAUGUUUCAUUGGUUCUUAUGCUGGCUCAUGGGUCACAUCCUAAUGACACAUCCUCUGGCAACAAAACUAUCUUGAGCCUAGCAGGAGGCUAUAGCUGGAUGAUAACACCAGAGAUGCUUAAGCAAACACCUGGAGUAUGGUAUGCUGACGCCAGACUCUACAACUCCACUUGGGAGCCAGGCAUUACACUGAGGAUCUCUUCUUUUAUGAGCAAGUGCUUGUACUGGGACAUACACAAGAAGAAGUGGAGCACUGAUGGCUGCCAGGUGGGAGAGAAAAGCAGUCCAAACCGAACACACUGUCUGUGUAACCACCUCACUCUCUUUGGGAGCUCCUUCUUUGUGAUGCCAAACCAUGUGGACAUUUCUCGCACGGCAGAGCUAUUUGCCACCGUGACCUCAAACUAUGUGGUGCUGGCCCUGCUGUGUGCUUUCUUUGGGCUCUACCUGAUCACUCUGCUGUGGGCCUGCUAUGCAGACCGCAAGGCAAGCUCCAGGAGGAAGAUGACUCUGCUGGAGGACAAUCACCCAGGAGCUCUGUACAAUUACCUGAUCAGUGUCCAAACAGGCAACCGGAAGAAUGCUGGGACUACAGCCAAUGUGACAGUGAAGCUGAUUGGCUCAGAGGGGGAGAGUGACACACACAACCUCAUAGAUCCUGACAAGCCAGUGUUUGAGAGAGGAGCCGUCGAUAUUUUCCUGUUGGCCACACCUUUUCCAAUCGGCGAACUGCGAAACAUCAGACUGCAGCACAACAACUCUGGAGGUCACCCAUCAUGGUACAUAAACAAGGUGACCAUACAAGACCUGCAAACGCGACAUGUGUGGCACUUCUUUUGUGGUUGCUGGCUGAGUGCUGACCGUGGAGACGGCAUGACCAAGAAAAAUUUCAAUGCUGCAAAGAGCAACGAGAUUGCCAGCUUCAGGAAUAUUUUCCAGAGCAGAACAUCGACUGGCUUCAGGGAUGAGCACAUUUGGGUGUCCAUAGUGGAUCCUCCCUCUCGUAGUCCGUUCACACGUGCCCAGAGAGUCUCCUGCUGCAUGAGCCUGCUCCUCUGCACCAUGGCCAUUAACAUCGCCUUCUGGAACAUUCCCCUCAAUGAAAACUCACCAGUGCUCUUCUCUUUAGGAUCAAUGAAUAUUACCUGGCAGGAGAUCAUGGUCGGGGUACAGAGUGCUCUUCUCAUGUUCCCAAUCAACAUCCUCAUCAUCACCAUCUUCAGAAGCAUCAAACCUCGCAUAGUUUCAAAGUCUAAAAAAGAUGACCCUGAGGAGGUCUUGAGACCUCCUGCUGUAACCUUACCCAAUAUUCUGAAGGAAACACAUGAUGUGAUUUCUUGGUUGAGCAAAAGUCCAAGAAACAAGAUGCCAGAGGUUGGCAUACUGGAGAGCAGCGCUGACCUCUACCCUGCCUUAGCCAAAGUGCAUGAAUUCAUUCAACAUAUGCAAGGGGAGAGUGAGAGCGGCCCCCACUGGGUGUACUGCAGCAAGUUCCUGCUCGCUGGUCUCAGUCAUCUCACCAUGAGCUUGGAGAAACUGGAUGCAAAUAACUUCAUGAUUGUUAACCACUACAAGCAGACCCUCAACAUGGCCAACCUGCUGGUGCGCAAGGCGGAAAUGGUCUUAACCAGCCACCUGACAUACUGCCCACCUACCAUAAUUAGGAUGAAGAAGAAGAGUACAGGAGGCUGCUGGCUGCCCUGGUGGUGUGUGUUCCUGGGUUGGUUCCUGUUGCUCUCCAUCAGUGGAGUGUCCACCUACUUCACCCUGUUGUACGGCUUUCAGUACGGCAAAGCAAAGUCCAUCAAAUGGGUCAUGUCUCUUGGCCUCUCCCUGUUCCAGAGCAUCUUCAUACUGCAGCCUCUGAAGGUGAUAGGCAUUGCUGUGUUGUUUGCCCUGCUGCUGAAACCCGUAGCUGUGGAGGAAUCUGAAGAAAUAGAGCAAGUGCUUUCAGAGCAACAAGACAAGUGUAAAAGCUACUCUGGCAGAGCCACACUGUGAAGAGAGUACAGCCGGGUAUGCCGUCUUCUCCGAUGAACACAGCUGCAACCCACGGCACCAUGGCUUUUGAAACACUCUUUUGCACUUAUUGUACGUCAUAUAACUGCGUAACAAGUUCUGUUGUUUUGUAUGUGUGCAGAGGAGGAGGAGAAGUUUUCUGAAACUGUAGAAUUAGUCAGUAAUAAUUCAAUGACUUAGCUUGUAAAGUGUUGCUUUUUUAAGUAAUUUUACUUUCCAUGAUGAUGCAUGUGUUUAUGUAGAAAAACUCUGGUGUCUGGUUUUGAACGGCAUUAGUUGAAUCCAUUUACAGCUUCAAGAAGCAUCAGUAGGUUUAGAUGUCAAAAUCUGUAAGCACAUUCAUGAUUGUUUUGAGUAAUACAAUUUGUCCUGAAUCCAAUAAAAACAAAUUAAGUUAUAGUAUAAGCUCUGCAAAAAUUAUUGGAUGUAUCUACAGACAUACUUUAAAGAGAAUCAUGUGUACAGUAUAUAAACAUUUAUUUUUAAUUACUUUGUUUGUCUACUUAACUUAUUUGGGGUUUUACUGGAGCACUGUUUUAGCAUAGCAUCGAUCAUACCUAUAUUACUAAUGUCAGCACAAUUAUUUAAAGUCAGCAACUCAACAUUUGAAGGCUAAGCAACUGCCACAGUCUUUCCAUGUUGCUAAUUGUCAGAGUGACAAUAAAUACCAACAUGGACCUCCACUUUCCCAGAGUUGGAAGGUGCAUUUAUGUAACUGCAGAUAUGUCAGCUGAUUACUUAUUGAUCACUUUUUCCAUUUCAUCUCCUUCAAUGUAAUCCAUGCAGAAGGUACAUGUCAUGACUGCUCAUCACAUGUCUGGGUCCGUAUGAUUCAGUGUGUCCUCCUUAUAAAUGUUUUAUGUGGGUGACCUGCAGGUAACUAUACACUGAAGCUGUGCUUCUGGGUUUGGGAAAACAUUCAGGUCUGAAAAUCCUUAUAAAUGCUUUUUUUGGUAGACCUUCUGUGCUUUUAUUUAAUCAAAAUCAUCAGAUGUACUCAUUGAUUUCACGAUUGAUACUAUUUGUAUUGUAAGUUUGAACUUUAAUAAAUCGAUAACUAUUCAAAUCC